AGUCCAUGCCACCAAAAGAUGCCCCCAAUUUGGGUCUGUAUGUGGUGCAGGGCAUGCGUAAGUAUUUGCUCAUUGGAUUGGCCCUGGACACCUUUAAGGCGUUGGUUAGCUGCGUCAAAAGUGGACACUGGCAAUUGAAGCACCUACGCUUGGAGUCUAUGGCCUUGCUUGGAUGUUACGCUGGCAUCUAUCGGACGACGCUUAGUUAUCUGCAAAGCCAGCAGAAGUUGAGCGAACCAUUGAAGCAAAUCCUGGCCAGCUUUCUAGGCGGCAUCAGCUAUGUUUGCUAUCCUAAACUAACCAUUUUGAGCUAUGCCCUCUUGGAGGCAGGUCGCACACUUUGGGGCAAGUACAACAAACGCAAAGGGAAGAGAUUUGGUUAUGGUGACUUGGUGUAUCCACUUUCCCUGGCCUAUCUUAUCCACACAUAUGUGCUCCAACCCCACAAAGUCAGUGGCUUGGCGGCCAUGAUCAUUGACAGCAACACGGCCAACUAUGCCAGCCAAAUUAGAAGGAACUUGAACCAGUUUAUGCUUAUGAAUCGGGAAGAGUUUCAAACUUUAUCCUAGCUGCAAUUAAGAGCGAAUGUAAAGAUCUAUGGUAUAGUAAAUGUCUAAGCACUUAAAACAAUUUAAAUCUGAAAAAUAAUAAAAAAAACCAUGUUUGCCUAGCGGUCGACAUUAAACCUUCAA